GCCGAGCUUCUCCGGCCAUGGAGGGCGCUGCGGCCCGCGAGCCCCGGGGGGACCGGGGUGACCAGAGGGCCGAGAGCCCGCGCGCGCCCGCGCCCCCGCCAUCUCCCGCGGAGCCCCCCGCGCCCCGCGCGCGCCCGCGCCUCGUCUUCCGCACGCAGCUGGCGCACGGCAGCCCCACGGGCAAGAUCGAGGGCUUCACCAACGUCCGCGAGCUCUACGCCAAGAUCGCGGAGGCCUUCGGCAUCGCGCCCACCGAGAUCUUGUUCUGCACCCUCAACAGCCACAAGGUGGACAUGCAGAGGCUGCUGGGGGGACAGAUCGGCCUGGAGGACUUCAUUUUCGCCCACGUGCGAGGGGAGACCAAGGAGGUGGAGGUCACCAAGACGGAGGACGCGCUGGGGCUGACCAUCACGGACAAUGGGGCCGGCUACGCCUUCAUCAAGAGGAUCAAGGAGGGCAGCAUCAUCAACCGCGUCGAUGCAGUGCGCGUGGGCGACGGCAUCGAAGCCAUCAACGACCACUCCAUCGUGGGCUGCCGCCACUACGAGGUGGCCAAGAUGCUCAGGGAGCUGCCCAAGUCCCAGCCCUUCACCCUGCGCCUGGUGCAGCCCAAGAGAGCCUUCGAUAUGAUUGGCCAGAGGAGCCGCAGCAGCAAGUGUCCCGUGGAAGCCAAAGUGACCAGCGGGAGGGAGACCCUGCGGUUCCGAGCUGGGGGCGCCGCCACAGUGGAGGAAAUGCCCAGUGAGUUUGAGGAGGCUGCGUCUCAGAAGGUGGACGACCUGCUGGAGAGCUACAUGGGCAUUCGGGACCCUGAGCUGGCAUCGACCAUGGUGGAGACGUCCAAGAAGACGGCGAGUGUCCAGGAUUUUGCGCGCUGUUUAGACUCGGUCUUGGGCGAGUUCGCCUUCCCGGACGAGUUUGUGGUGGAGGUGUGGGCCGCCAUCGGGGAGGCCCGGGAGGCUUGUGGCUAGUGUGUCCGGGGCCGAGCGCAGCCCCAGCCCGGAGCCCAGCCCCCUGCCCCAGCCCUGCUCCAGCGCCAAGACCAACUCUAGAACCCAAUCCAGUUCCGAGACCCAAGCCAGGUCCACAACCCAGUCCUGCUCUAGAACGCGGCCCAGCUCUGAGAGCAAGCCCUAUUCUAGAACUCAGGUCAGCUUUGAGACCAAGCCCAGCUCCAGAGGCCAGCCAGGCUCCGACACCAAGCCCUCUUCUAGAGUUCAGGCCAGCUUUGAGAUCAAGCCCAGCU